CCGUGGUAUUGUACUAUCUUCUUUGUAUGUACAUCAUGUUAUCUUUGGUUUGUUUAUAAAUUUUGAAAACCCACGUUGUUAGGGAAAGAUGGAAAAACAAAAAACAACAUUAUAUAAUUUAAAUUUAUUAGCAUGUAUGUUGUUUCAUUUAAAACAACAGCUGUUCCCAUGAACAUACAUAUUGGUGUAUGUGGGAAGUAGAAAAUCUGGAUUUAUUAUAUUUAUUUAUUUUUCUCUUUUGGUGGGUUCAAAGAUGUGUGACUCAGCGAUGGAUAAUCGUAAGAGGUCCUUCCAGGUAAAACUGGAUUUGCUCAUACUCGAGUGUAACAUGGUCAGCAACAAUAUAAAUGCUGUUCUGCAAUGCUGGUCCAGCUUGGUAGCACACCUUUUGAAUGAGACAGAUUACGCGCAGUUCAGCAAAAACUGGCCAGAUGUUGCAGUGCUUCUCGAUGCCUUCAUCCAUCCGAUUACGGAAUUCAACAGUGUACUGGACAAACAGCUGCGUGCUCUUCCUAGUGUGGAAGCUAUGUUUCCUCCCGAACCUCAGCUACCAAGUAAGAAAGCUAUUGAUUCUGCUAGCAAGGAAGAUGGUGUAAGUUCCUCAGAGACUAACAGCUCUGCAAGCACCCAGUUUCAGAGUUUGAAUGGUGCGAGCUCAGACAGUCCAAGCGUGCAAAAACCUGCUUACCCGAGCGAUGCGGUGAGGGUGCCAUCAUUGGUUGUACAAUCAACCAUGUGCUCCAGGGGUGUGACAAGUGUGCCUUCACCUCUGAUAAGACCAUUUGAGUGCUCAAGCAACGUGCCAGUUGUACAACCUACAAGCUCGACCAGUGUGACGUCUGCCCAGCUGCCGGUCGUGAAGCAAGCAGACAUCGGUGUUGGGUCAGUGCUGAGAAUGUCAUUUUUGCACGGGGACACUCCCGAAAGCUUCUGGCUCAGAUUUGAGAACUGUGAGGAAGUAAACAAAGCCAAGAAGGAAAUGCUGAAGAAGAUAAAAACAUCUGUGGUAUCGGCCCUCGACUUCUGCCCCCGGGUGGGCGAUCACGUGUGCACUGUGGUGGGAAAGUCGACCGUGGUGCGUGGCGAGGUACGCACCAUGAAGAAGUGUGGGGCGGACGGAGUCAAGUUCGUGUUGUUUGACGUGGACGAUGGAACCACGCACGUUGUUGGCUCCAGAAAUCUGUGGAAACAGGAGCCGGAACUGGCAGCAGUUCCAGCUCAAGCGAUCCACUGCAGAUUGAAAGGGACGCUCGGAAACGUACCGCCUCGUGCUUUUGUGGACAUGUGUACAGACCGACAUUUAGAAGUUAAGAUCUGUAGCCUGCUGAAAGGAAGUUACCCGUUCUAUGCAGUACAGCUCUUUAGUUGUGACCCUGCGAACGGUAAUAAAGUUAAUGUAAAUAAUUGGGUCACAAAGUUCUUCAGUUCACGCAGCACUUCUGUUAGUAGUAAAUCAAGUAUCAGUAGUAAAGAAACUUUGGCGCCACUUAGCACUAGUACGAAGGUACUGAAAAAUGUAGAUACAACCAAAAAUAGCAAUGAAAGAACUGCCGUAAAUCUAGCUGCAGAGUCACUGAAAGUGGACACACAUCACGUAGAAGAAGAACAUGGUAAUUAUAAUUCAAGUGUAAAAAAGGAACCAUCGUCUGAUUUAGUUUAUUUUUCAAAUAAUAAAAAUAAUAAUCAAAAUGACAUUUCUAGCUCGCCAGUUUCUAAUUUUGCGGUGUGUAUAGAACCAGAUGUUUUUCCUGUUCAUGUUAAAUUAGUUGGAGAAGUAACACAUUGUGUCUCACCAUCAGAAUUUUUCGUACAUGUGGGAAGUAAUAAAAUGAAAGCCCAUAAGCUGGGUGAAAUCAUGAUGUCACACUAUAUGCAAACUAUCAAAACUAGCAACAGUAAAAUGGACUUAAAAAAAAGAGUAGGUACAAAUUGUGUGUGUAAAUUUGAAGGUUUUUUUUUUAGAGCCAAAAUUUUGAACUGGAUGCUAGAAGACCAAGAAAAUGUUUUGGUGCAGUUCAUAGAUUAUGGGCAUACAGGCUGUGUAUCUUUUACAAGUAUACAACCAUUAUAUCAUAAAUUUGCAGAGUGUCCAGGACUAGCAAAUAAAUGCCACUUGUCUAACAUCCUCCCUGCAGAUUCACACGGGAAAGUAAGCAAUGAGUGGUCUGCUGAUGCAAUUAAGUGCUUCUGUGAACUGGUACAGCAGGAAGUCCAGUUUGGAGUUUAUGUUGCAAGCAAGAGGAUAAACGAUCCACCAGAUUCUUUACCGGUGAUUCUCGUCGACGAGCGCAGUGACACAAACACAAUUUUGAAUGACAAAUUGUUGAGUUGCGGGUAUGCCAUUGCAGUUACCUUGGAUUUAAGUGUUGAAAGCGAGGAGGUUAAGAAUGGAUUCGUAAUCGAUGCACCUUCUCCUGAUUCAGGGGCUGACUUUGAGCAUUUUGACCCCAUGACCGAAGACCAUGAAUCCAACAUGAACACGUACGAUCAUGACGUAGAAGACGCACGUUUUGUGGUGUCUGGGUGGAAGAGUGCAGACGAGGAGCAAGUGUGUCCCCUUUUCCGCCGUUUUGGGUACUGCCGCCGACCCCAUGGGACUUGUUUCAAGAAACACAUCCACCUAGACCCGAACGGAAUAGUUACGGACAAGGAACCAGUAUUUUUCCGGGCUUUCUCCGAUUUGGUCUUGCCGGCGUCUAGAAGUUUUCGUGUCAUGCUCACGGAGGCACACAGCCUCACUGUCCUGUACUUCGUGCUCGUGAAAGAAGCGACAAACUCGGGCGAGGCUGCAGAGGCCGAAGAUGAAGAGACACUCGCCUCGCUCACCGCGUACAUGAACGAAGCGAGCAACGUGCGCAAAAUGAAACGCCUUCUGGUUCCUCCUGCUCUGGGUCAGGUGGUGCUAGCUAAAGACUGUCACGGACUGUGGUGUCGGGCCACCGUGAUAGACUGGAUGGGCGAGAAGGGCGGUGCGGAGGAGUUCAAGGUGCAGUUGGUGGACUCAGGUGUGAAGCUCAACGUCAUAGAGCGGGACUUGCGUAGCAUUGAGCCAAAGUAUCUCCAUCUGCCAUUCCAGGCAGAGGAGUUUCUGCUGGGGAACCUGGAAUUGGAUGCACUGAGCGACAUGGAGGGAGAGAUGUAUUUGAAAAUUCUGCGUCAAAUGAUAGGUUUGGAGUUCACUGCCACGGUGGUUUCCUGGAGACCGAGGUUAGAACUUAAGCUUAACUCUGAUGCUGGAGAAAUCGUUAGGUUACUGGAAGACCAGGUAUUGGCUACUAAAUUAAACAUACAUGAGGACAGGUAGUGUUAUGGUAUAUCAUAUUAUUUUAAUUAUAUAGAGUACUAAACUGUAGUACUCCAAACCAUGCAGUUUGGAUAGUGGUCUGUGUGUGUGUCACUAAAACUGUUGGCCUUUAAGAAUAAAAGAGCCCACUAGGAUUUUAUGUUCCACUCGAGAGAUUUUACAAGAAUUUUAUAUACAUCCUUUAUGACUUAAAAUCGUUUAAGGAUUGAUUGCAUUUUUUUUUUUUUUUUUUUUUUGCUGUAAGUAAUUAACUUGAAAUGUGCAGAAUGUAAUAUGUACUGUCAUUUUUUACUCUGUAAAUAUUUUAUACAUAUUGUAACAAUUUUCAGAAAUCUUGAAUUUAGUACAUUAGUAUUAAUGAUGGUUGCUACAAAACAGAAAAAAGUAAUUUGUUCAAAAUAGCAAGCAUGAGGCAAAUUGAUUAUUCACUAGAGCAGCAGUAUCAUGUGAGUCUAAUGAAAGACUUCUCUACGUGUGAUGUCACAUGAACAUUAUAAAAUUUGAAUGUGCUUUAACUUGAGCCGCUUGUCGCCUUCAAUGUAAAAUUAAAUUGAAUAAUACUUUACACUUUACCAAAUUAUCUAAAUUUUAAGGUGAAACUCCAUGAUUCUAUUCAUGGCCACUGGAGAUUAAUAGUGUAGCAUCUCAGUUGCAAAUUUUUGACACUCAGAAAUGAUAUAAUUUGUCAAUUUUUAUUCGGAAACUAUUCCUGUUCAUAAAACAUAUUUUUUGUGUGUUAGGUUUUAUGUUGAAAUAAUAUAACACUUAAUUUGUCUUUAAAUUAACUCUGAAGGUUUUAUCAAUUGUUAUGAAUCUUGACCAAUGUUUUUCAAGUUAGUUAUGUAGAAUAACUAUGGAGACAAUUCUUUUUAAAGUAAAUUUGUAUCCUACAGUUUUUUUUGACAUUAGUUUUACCAAUUUUACAGUCUUUGGCUUUGAUAGUAAAUUUUCAUUCCCUAGCCUUAUUAGGUCAUGAAGUUGUGAUUUGUUAUUCGGUGUCUUUCAUAGAACGAUCUCAUCCACAAAAGCCAAAUAUUGUGUGUGUGGUUCAUUAAAGCGAGGUCGAACAAUUCAAUGUUAUUAAUAAAAUUUCAUUUUGCAAAGUAUUAAAUCCAGCAAAAAUCCAAAGCUUUUUAAUAUUAACAAAUAUAUUUUAGGUAAUGUUCAAAUUUACUGGCUUAAUAGUUUUUGUAGCUGAAAUUAUUUCAGACACUAAUGUCUAGGCCACACAGAAAUCUAGGCCAUGUUCACGAUGUUCGCUAUGUUUGCCGCGCUAGGUGGCCAGACAGAUCAGUCAGCUUCGCGAUGCUGGAGAGGCGGAUGCGGUGGGAUUUGAGUAAUGAUUCUGACGUUUAUGGUUUUCUGCUGGCUCUCACAGGAUGUAAACAUAAAACAAAAUUUUUCAUGAAGUUAAUCAAAAAGAAAAUAAAUUUGAUGAAUUUCAUCAUUUGGCAAAGCAGUUGCGUUUGUGGACAAAGCCAAAUUUAUGGAUUAGUUCAGAAUAAAUAUAACUCAGUUUAUUCACAUUUCGUUUAACUCAAAUCCCAGGUAUUGCCAUAGGUGUCCGGCCUUCUAUGUUCUUCCAUAAAUUUAUUUCAUAAACAUGGAUAUUAUUAUUAUUAUUAUUAUUUCUUCAAUGAACUAUUCCAUCGACAUGAAUUUUUAAAGCACAAUCCUGAGCGAAACAAAACUUCAUAAAAAAACGUAUACAGAAGUACAGCCCAAUUCCACGUUAAAACAGAUGUUGGUUUUAUUAUCUGUGCAUGCGAGAAGUCAUCAACGUUUAGAAAAAUAGCCGGGAACUAAACACCUGGCGAUGUCGCCAGGUUCGCCAAUAUAGCAAACACAACGAACUCAGCUUGUUGUGGCUGGCAGUACCUGAGAUGAAGCGGGCUGUAUUUUAGGGCGCGGUUACACGGGAGUCUGAACUACUUCAGGUGAACAUUUUCAGCUGUUGAGUGCGGUUACACACAGUCUGAACAUGUUUCGUUCGAGGACAUUUCUCAUUUAACUUAAACAGGUUGGCAAAGUAGUUCAGAUCGACAUAUCUUCUACAUUAGCCUCUGAUUGGCUGGUUAGAAUAUAAACAGUCUUUUGCAGAAAUUCUAGAUGGAAAGUGUUUCUGGCACAAGUUUGAGUAAUAUUUUACCGAAUGCAACAAAAAAACCAACAGAUAAUUAUACAUAUUUUUUAAUUUAUCCUGACCUUAAUUUUCUUAAAACUGAGAUAGGUACUCUCGCUCAAAAAAUAAUAAAAAAUAAGUUUAAAAAUUUUACUGUGCAUGUUUGAAUUCCCGAUUUGUAAAAAAAUAUUGAGUAAUAUGUAAACACAUUUCAUUUCUGCUGAUAAUGCUGUAUAAACAAGUGAGAAAAUCCCGCGUUUUCUGGAUGCAAUUAAAAAAUAGAGAUCAACAACACAGUCAUUCGUUGACAGUAGACAAUCGGUUUUAGAGCUAAACACACUUUUCAGCAACUACCGUGUAACCGCACACUUUCGCGUUUGUAAACGUGUUUACUUAAACAUGUUCACCUGAAGUAGUUCAGGGUCCCGUGUAACUGCGCCCUUACUCGCGUAGCAAACAUCACGAGCAUAGAUAGCACUCUGUGUGGCCAAAGCUUAAUGAAGAAUGCAUGUUUGACUUAGGUAUGUAAGAAAUAUUAUCCAAAUGUUAUUUUUUUUUUUUAUAUUUUAACCCAAUGGACCAUACAAAAUAUGUGGUUCAGUAGUUUUAUCUUCGAAUGUAAUUCAGCCUCGUUUUAUUUUCUCUGUAAAAAAAUUUGUUUUAACAUGGCUGUCUAGCCACAAAUACUUAUAUUUUUCUCAUGAAACUGUGGAGAGUAACACGUUAUUACACAAAUUUUAUCGCUUAGGUAUGUAUACAGUAGUGUCUUGUUCAUCCAGCCUUUGCUUAUCCGACAUUCCAUAUUAUCUGACUUGGCAGUGAAGAAACAGCAUUUGUCAGGAAAGCAUACUAUAAUCUCAAAUUUCUUUAAACCAUCAAAGGACUGAACUUUUAAUUAAUUGUUAUGUGUUUAGUGUAAGGCACUCCUGUAACCGUAAGAUUAUUUUUCAGUUAAGUUUUACUAUUGUAGUUAUUUUUUCAGUUAAUUUGUUCUGUUGUUUCCUCGUAAAACAGUAUUAUUAGGUUCAUAAUGUGAAAAAUUAUAAUUGUUUUUUUUAUAUAUUUUUCAUAACAUCGCCUUAUAAUUUAUUUUCUUUUAACCAACAUUCUGCCAGCUCAUUUAUAACGUCAGAUGAUCAAGACAUUACUGUAGUAUAUAAAAUACAAAUGCAACAUAUUUUGUCACUCUUGGAAAAUAUAAAUUUUUUUCUUGUAAGAUGUUACUAAGAUGAGGAACUGCCAUAGAACGUGAGCUGUAACUUUUUUUAAACUUUAAAAUUGACCUAAGAAUGUCAUGAUGUGUUGGUAGUGAUAAAUGUAACUUUGCAAGUGUGUAGGUGUUUUUUUUUUAAAUUAAUGUGAGUGGAGUUGUUAAGAGUCUUCCCUUUUUUUUUCAAUUUUAAAAUAAUUGAGUUUUUUUUAAAUUUUUUUACUUAAAUUGUUUGCUCCCUGCCAUUUUAUUCAGCCCAGUGUACGGCCGGGUCAAUUCUUUUUCAGAGUAUUUUUUUUUCUCUCUCCCCCCCCCCCCCCCUCCCCACACACACACCAUCCAGUUCACAGCUUCGCCAAUGCUAAGUUUCGACUUGGAGUGCUGCUUGAAGCGCCCCGGUCCCAUAACCCCCGCUUGCUGUCAUGUACUAAGUCUCGUUACACGAAGCCAUUUUGCAGACAUUCAGCCCCUGGUGACUUCCCCGAAGUCUCGCAAUCAGCAAGCUUGGACAACCAGCCUGGUCAAAUUCUCGGUGCGGCAGACAAUCCCGGUGUUUCGUCGCCUUGGUUCUCACGAACCUUGCAGAAUUUCCCCCACACUCGCCAGUCCCCUCGUCCAGAACCCAGGCCGGGUCAGUCACCGGUCAUAACCUACCCCCCUCCUCUCUGGUCCAUGGAGGUCAUAACCCACAGCCACUCUCACACUCUCGUCCGCACACCCUGCCGGCGACGAGAGGAAUUAAGAUGCGCCGGACUGCUAAAAGACGUAUCCGCGAUCCAUCUAGCGGAAGCGAGAGACACUAACCCCUCCCUACCAUCCUGGCUGUCCACCUGAGGGCAGCACUGUCGCGCCCAUAAGAACAAUGUUCAAGUUGAAUCGACCCUCGACCUGACCGCUCGCCGGGCGAGUUGAGUUCCCCACUUCUCCGUCCGGAGCGCGCUGGCCAAGGAUGCCAACUUCGAGUGUCUGGCGACGAGCGCCGAUUAAUACCGAAGGCUCCUCUUGCAAGGGAGACUUGGCCUUUUAAUUUAAUGCCCCGACCGCACCCUGAGGUCAGGGCAGCCAACCGCGAACGUCUCCAGUCAGCGACUCUCCUGACUUACGCGAGAAUUAGAAGAUCGCCGAUCAAUCAAUUGGAAUGUAUUCUACUACAGUUAAGGCCUCAAGUGCCGAGUUACUAUUUUUUAGCUUUUAGUCUGCCCAAAUAGUCGCAAGUUAAAAAAUUGUUUUUCUUCUUCCAACUUUCUUCGUAUCCAUCAUGGUUUCCAAAGCCAACUGUGUGCUACCGCGUCGGUCUACGAGGCGGCAGCCAGGCAGCUGAAUUCUCUCUGCAGUGAUGAGUUUUUUUUUUAUGUUUUACCACAUUUCCACCAAUCCCAGUGACGAAUUCCGCCACCCUACCUAACGCCUGCAUCCGAGGUAAUUCGUACCGAAUGGCAUUUGUUGCAGUGCGGGUUCGAGAACACCCCUGGAACCCAGUUCGUCCUAGAACAUCCCACAUCAAGAUUUUGGCCCACCAGUUUCACAACACUCGGUGAAACGCCUUCGUCAUUUUGCUAUCUCUCUCUUCUCUUCGUCUGCGGCUCACUAUGCUUGACCGCCGACAUAUAUAUCAAGUCUACCUACCACCUGUGCCAGUUUAUAGAUGUUUUUAUUUUUUUAUUUUGUUGUUUUAUUUCAUAUUUCAGAACUGUAAAUUUAUAAUUUCAAGUGCGAGCCAAUGCAACGAAACAAUUUUGUGUAAUUAUAUGUUAACCUUCAUAAGUAACCCCGUUGAGGCCCGGGCCGAUUGUCAAUUGUUUUUCACCUUUUUUAAAUAAUGUUGUCUUAAUUUUGUAAUAUGCAAACCAUAUAAAAAUUAUGAAAGUACUGUCAAAAUAAACUAGAAAAUCAAUCUUUUAAUCAGAAUAAAUCGAAUAGCUCGCCAACCAAACCUCGACUUCUCAUUUAUAAGCCUUACGAUGUCUUGGCAUAAAGAGAACUGUGAAAAUCUCUCUCAUGUUAGGGAGAAAAGUGCUAGCUUGGCCAAAGCAUUUAUUUAUCGCAUUUGGACACACACAAAUCCUCAUGCAAGUUUUCAUUGCUACUCUGUCAAUGUGUGGUGACACCCAAUGUUCUUCCACCAAGGCUUGAUGGAAGAACGUAGCAUGCUUUCUCAAGGUUGCCCGCCCUGUUAGAAGACGUCCUGUUAACAAAACCACAAGACAUACUCCUGCCCAUUAAGGUCCCUGUAUUUUGGCGUUUCUUGUUCAACUGUUGGUCAAUCACUGGAUGGAUAAAAUAUGUGUGGCAUUGCAAGACUCCUGGCCUCCCCGUAUUUUUUUAGAAGAAUAAAUGUUUUUGUCAUUCAGAUGGAUUAGCUGCUUAUAUUUAGUUCAAGAUUAUGGAGACCUGAUUUUGUAUUGGUAUUUUAUUGACAUGAAAUAAAAUACAAAGUCAUUUUGAAAUUGUUAUUUUAUUCAAAAAGUUAUUUAACUAUAUUUUUACUUGUUUUCACUUUGUUUGCUAGGUUAAUAUUUAUUUACUUUCAAAAUUCUUUUUAUGCCUAUUAUUAAGUUUGUAUUUAUUUGGAAGCUAUAAUUGUAUUUAUAGAACAUUGUGUAUUGUGUUGAUAUAAGGAAGGAUGAGGGACAGGUGUGCAUCACAGCGGCACUAGUGUUUUAGACAUUUUGGUUAAUAUCGAGACAUUUUGGUUCAUUCUGUAUGUAUUUCUUAUGAUGGGAAAACUAGCUGCAGUACCCAGUGUUGCCCGGGCUGAACACAGGGUGAAGGGGAACUGUUUAGAGAUCAGAUGUAGUUAGUAAUUGUCUUCUUAAUUUGAAUGCCAAGUGUGCAAAAUAAUUUAUAUCACUUUCAGAUGCCGACAGACGUUGUUCUGCCAGUUUAUAGUUAUUUACCUGGUCUGUAUGUAAUCUAGACUCUAUAAAGCAAUAUAGAAAAAAACUGAAAAAUAAGGGAUUACUAAUAUUGAAAAGAUUCCAUUAUCUAGCUAAUGCUCGGCAUGCAUUGCAAUGCCUCAUGCAGUUUUGUUUUGUAAUAUGUUUGAAGUAGUUACACAUAUACAAAUAAUAUAUCCAUGUCUCUAAAUAUAUAUUUAUCUCUAUCUACAUCUAUAGUCCUAUAUAUCUAUGUAUCUAUCUGUAUUUAUCUCUUUAUAUCUACAUAUAUACCUCACACUAUCUGUAUGUAUUCUAUAUGAGGGUACUGAUUGCUUCGUUGUUAAUACCACACGGGUGUUUUUUACUUGUAUGGGAAAAUUAAGAAUGAUAAGGCAUCUAGUGCGUGGCAACAAUGUUAAUAGGCAAUAGGAAAUAAACUUCUAGCUCCUGCGGCAUUGUCAACACACACUUCGUACGUGUACUGCAUGUUGUAUCUAACCCCCUCCAACGCAUUUGAUUCUAAAUUGGUCUUUUAGUAAGGAUCCCUAAUGUUAUUGAUAAUAUAAUUUAGCCUAUAGCCUUCCUCGAUAAAUGUACUAUCCAACACUGAAAGAAUUUUUCAAAUCGGACCAGUGGUUCCUGAGAUUAGCGCGUUCAAACAAACAAACAAACAAACAAACAAACAAACAAACUCUUCAGCUUUAUAAUAUUAGUAUAGAUUGGCAGAUGUUCACUCUGAUGGGAGAAGGUUAAAUUAUCACAUUGUUGGUGGUUUAUUUUUUUGCAGGAAAGCCUCGUUGCAAAAGGAAGGAAAUUUGUAUAUUGCUGUGUCCUUUGACUGUACAGUAUUGUAUUGUGAUUGGUGGGUGAGGUUACGCACCUGCCUUUUCCCUGCAUGGUGAAUACAGUUGUGUGUAGCCUCUCCAGUCGUUGUUUGAGUGCUGUGCUGACAGGUCAUGCCGUGUGGCGGCUCGCGAAAAACAUUUCACGAGUGCUUAAGGGCGGACAAUUUCAUGUCUGGGUGCCAGGGUCAUUCUUCUGCAAGUUUUGAAUGUUUUACUUAAAAAUUUAGGCCUCAGACAUGUGGCACAGGCCUUUGUGGUCCGUUGUCCACUGGAACAUAGUUCCCGUGGUUUUCGUACCCAAACAAAAAAGUCGCUAGGGAUAUUAUUUUGUAAAGGCACAGGACUGAGAGUAGCAAUUGGCGAAAGUGAGUGUAUUCUUUCGGAAAUGACAUGUAAAGGACGUGUAUUUUCGUCGGAAGAAGAAUAAAGUUCAAAAUUCA